AGAAGCCCUUCUCUCCCUUUCGCUCUCUCUCUAAAAAGCCUCUCCCCUUUCUCGCGCGCGCCCCCCCCCCCCCCCCCCCCCCGGUUCCUCAGAUUGGAUCGGUUCCUCCUCCUAUUGUUAUGUGCGGCCAGCUCAAGGACGACUUAUCCACGAUGCAUUAACAGCCCGCCCCCCCCCCCCCCCCCCCCCCCCCCCCCCCUUCUCUCAAAACCCUAAUAAUCGAUCUCUUCUUCGAUCGAUCUUGUAAUUAGGGUUAGCUGUGAAAAUAAUCGCCAUGGUUGGAGCCACACAACAACAACAACAACCGAACCCUCAAGCUCUGACGGUUACUACGGCGACGGCGAAAACAUCUGCCGAAGAAGAAGCCUUGAAGAGGAACACCGACUGCGUUUACUUCCUCGCCUCCCCUUUGACCUGCAAAAAAGGAGCUGAGUGCGAGUAUCGGCAUAGUGACAAUGCUCGGCUUAACCCCAGGGAUUGCUGGUACUGGUUGAAUGGUAGUUGCUUGAAUCCAAAAUGUGCUUUCCGACAUCCUCCUCUUGAUGGAUUAUUAGGCACCCAAGUAUCAACUCCUGUGGGAUCUUCUCAGCCUUCAACACUGACCAUACCUCUACCUGUUACUAGUGCUCCUUAUAAUGCAGGAAAGCAAGGUGUCCCCUGCAUUUUCUUUCAGCAGGGUUUUUGCUUAAAAGGCGACAGAUGUCCCUUCUUUCAUGCACCGGCAAGCACCAUAAUCUACAAGAAGUUGGUCCCACCGAGGCCUGCAAUUACCAAUACUGCAGAGCCACCGUCUCUUAAGAAGCCUUUCGGUAGCCUUGAAAAGUGUAGUCAGGAGCCGAAGUUUCCACAAGCCAAUGUACCCAAGUCUGCAGAUUUAAUUUCACAGGGCAACCUGCAGGCCAAGGUUGAAGAAGCAGCUCCAAUAAAAAACGGGGUUACUUUUAACAGAUAUUCAGCACCAUCACCUGUUGUUAAUGAAGGGCCUCCUAGGUACAACAGACCGACAGAUAUUAAUCCUCCUGAUACCAAUGGAGAUUCUAUGAGUAGGUCCCACCAUGUGCAACAAGUGCUAGUAUCAGAUGAUCACGAUGUCCUCAAUGGUAGGGAAGCCGGUGAAUUCUCAAGGGAGCCCUCCCCUGGUUUUGAUGUUCUUGUAGAUGACGAGCUUGGAGAAUCCGAUUACUAUCACAACGAGGAUCACCAUUAUGGAAGAUCAGGGAGUCAUGAUUACGACAUUGACCGUUCUGCGGAUUAUGAUGCGACGGUAGAUGUCGACCGAGAUGCGUAUCGUGAUCUGCGGCGGUAUGAUUCUUACGAGCAGAUGCAAGGCCAGUAUGGUAGGGAGAAGCGCAGGGCUUCGCCUGAGAGGAUGGUUGGGGUAGGUUCUGCGCUUGUGGAAAGGAGCCGGUACCCUAAGGGUGAUAGUCCCGAUAGGAUCGCAGAUUUGAGGCAUCAUUUGUCAAAGCAGAGGAGGGCUAAUGGUUUGAGAUCGGUCAUUAGUCAUGAUUACGCUCGCGACAACCAUUCGGAGGAUCGGAAUCACCGGGGCUCAUCUCGAAGGGACGCACACCGUUUAAUUACCCCCAAAGAGAGCUCUGUUGUUAGUAACCGGCUUCGCGGAAGAAUAAAACUUCCGGGGAGAUCGUCUUCUCCAGUCAAUGGAAGUGAUUUGCGCCCAGAAAGGGAAAUGGAUAGGGGAAGGAACCGGGAGCCGCUGGUUUCUUCUAUCCAUCAUGGGAGGCUUCGAGACAGAAUAAAAGGAAGGGUGCAAGAGGAAAUCAGCAAUGAGGGAAGAAGUUCUAGGGGUCCACGAAUGAGAGAGGCAGUAAAUGACAAUAAUGCCAAUUUUGCUGGUCCUAAAAGUCUUGCAGAGCUGAAAAAGGGUGGAAAGAUUGCUGAAAACAAGGAUCAGCAUAUGAAUAAUAAUGAUCGACUUUCACUUGCUCUUGGGAAGCGGAAAUACCCAACUUUAGAGAUCCAGCAACAAUCUGAAAGCGAUGUCUUAUUUGAAGGACCAAAGCCUUUGAGUGAGAUUUUGAAGAAGAAAAAAGUAGCGGAAACAAUGGUUCCUGGAAACAGUUUGAUUUCUCAAAAUAAAGAAGACAAUAACCACAAGGAAGAAGAAGAAAGAAGCUUAGCUAUCAAUAGAGAAGAAGCCAAGUCUGCUAAUGUGAGUGAGCUUGAAACGGAAGAAGGGAUGAUUGUUGAAGAUCCAGCGGAAGAUCACGAGCCUGAAGCCUUUGAUCAGAGAGACGGGGAAUCUGAUUACGAACAGAUUGAUGGAGAAGACUAUACCCUAGAUGAAGCUGAGAAUGCAGAAGGUGAAGAAGAGUAUUUUGAUGACGAUGACGGCGAUGAUUUUGCAAAGAAGAUUGGUGUCAUGUUUUCGUGAAUAAAGUGUGACAACUGAAAUGAUCCUUUGUGUGGAAGGAUUUUAUGAACUUCGUUUUAGGUUGGUUCUAUUUAAGCUAAAAUUAGUUGAUGUGGUGUUUGAGCAAUGGAAGUAGGAAUAAUUAAGCCUGCUUUUUGUACUAUUUUCAGUUUUUUCUGUUGUAUUUAAAACUCUGAUUGAAUGGGAAUUCUUUCUUCCUGCUUGUGGCUUUUUUGGCCA